GAGCAAGCCAAGGCAUUAUAUAAGCCUCUUCGAACCACUUCGCACACGCUCAUUCCCAGGAGAUCCAUUUGAAUAGCAGAGAGCCAAAAAGAGAGAGAGAGGGAGAGGGAGAGAGGGAGCGAGAGAGCGAGAGAGCGAGAGCUGAGAGAUUCACACGCUAUGGCUGGCUCGUGGAGAGCACGCGGCUCCGUGGUAGUACUAGCGAUUCUUCUCUUCGGAUGUCUAUUCGCAAUUUCCAUUGCGAAAGAGGAAGCCACCAAGUUGGGGACAGUCAUUGGUAUUGACCUUGGCACAACUUAUUCUUGUGUUGGUGUGUACAAGAACGGGCAUGUUGAGAUCAUAGCCAAUGACCAAGGAAACCGUAUCACCCCAUCAUGGGUUGGAUUCACUGACGGUGAGAGACUGAUCGGUGAGGCUGCAAAGAACCAGGCAGCUGUCAACCCUGAGAGGACCAUCUUUGAUGUCAAAAGGCUUAUUGGAAGAAAGUUUGAAGACAAGGAGGUUCAGAAGGACAUGAAGCUUGUUCCAUACAAGAUUGUUAAUAGGGAUGGAAAGCCUUACAUUCAAGUGAAGAUUAAGGAUGGUGAGACCAAGGUUUUCAGCCCUGAGGAGAUCAGUGCUAUGAUUCUGACUAAGAUGAAGGAAACAGCUGAAGCAUUCCUUGGGAAGAAAAUCAAGGAUGCUGUCGUCACCGUUCCUGCAUACUUCAAUGAUGCCCAGAGGCAGGCUACCAAGGAUGCAGGUAUUAUUGCUGGACUGAACGUUGCCAGAAUUAUCAAUGAACCAACCGCAGCCGCCAUCGCAUAUGGUUUGGAUAAGAAGGGUGGUGAGAAGAACAUCCUUGUUUUUGACCUAGGUGGUGGGACAUUUGAUGUCAGUAUCUUGACCAUUGAUAACGGUGUUUUUGAGGUUCUUGCCACUAAUGGCGACACUCAUCUUGGAGGUGAGGAUUUUGAUAUGAGAAUUAUGGAGUACUUCAUCAAAUUGAUUAAGAAAAAGCAUGGCAAGGACAUUAGCAAGGACAACAGAGCUCUUGGAAAGCUGAGGAGGGAAGCCGAGCGUGCCAAGAGAGCUCUUAGCAGCCAGCACCAAGUCCGUGUGGAGAUUGAAUCACUUUUUGAUGGUGUUGACUUUUCUGAACCACUUACCCGAGCUCGGUUCGAGGAACUGAACAAUGAUUUGUUCAGAAAGACCAUGGGACCUGUGAAGAAGGCUAUGGAUGAUGCUGGAUUGGAGAAGAACCAGAUUGAUGAGAUUGUUCUUGUCGGUGGAAGCACCAGGAUUCCAAAGGUUCAACAGCUUCUUAAGGACUACUUUGAUGGGAAGGAACCAAACAAGGGUGUGAACCCAGAUGAAGCAGUUGCUUAUGGUGCUGCUGUACAAGGAAGCAUCUUGAGUGGAGAGGGUGGUGAAGAAACCAAAGAUAUCCUUCUUCUGGAUGUGGCUCCGCUGACCCUCGGAAUUGAAACUGUUGGUGGAGUGAUGACCAAGUUGAUCCCAAGAAACACGGUUAUCCCAACAAAGAAAUCUCAGGUGUUCACUACUUACCAGGAUCAGCAGACUACCGUCUCCAUUCAGGUCUAUGAAGGUGAGAGGAGUCUCACAAAGGAUUGCAGGAAUCUCGGGAAAUUUGAUCUUUCUGGAAUUCCACCAGCUCCAAGGGGAACCCCUCAAAUUGAAGUCACAUUUGAAGUUGAUGCAAACGGUAUCCUGAACGUUAAGGCUGAAGACAAGGGCACUGGCAAAUCAGAGAAGAUCACCAUCACCAACGAUAAGGGUCGCCUGAGCCAGGAGGAGAUUGACCGCAUGGUUCGCGAGGCGGAAGAGUUUGCUGAGGAAGACAAGAAGGUGAAGGAAAGGAUUGAUGCUCGCAACAGCCUUGAGACCUAUGUGUAUAACAUGAAGAACCAGGUCAACGACAAAGACAAGCUUGCUGAAAAGCUCGAGUCCGAUGAGAAGGACAAGAUCGAGUCCGCCGUGAAGGACGCCCUUGAAUGGCUCGACGACAACCAGAACGCCGAGAAAGAGGACUACGAUGAGAAGCUGAAGGAGGUGGAAGCCGUUUGCAACCCAAUCAUUACCGCUGUUUAUCAGAGGUCGGGUGGAGCCCCAGGUGGCGAAUCAGCAGAGGAUGAUGAGUCAGAGUCACAUGACGAGCUCUAGACGAGUUCAAUUUCAUCGCGUACUGGUGAGAAACCAGGAAACUCGAAACGAGGAUGAGGAUGAGGAUAUAGGCUUUAGGAAGCAAUGAGAGACUUUUACUGUAAUUUUUCUGGUGGUGGAAGUUAUGGAGAAGAAUUCCCCCUACUUCGCUCGUUUUUUGAGGUGAAGAUACUUUGAGAUAUUUUGUUAUUACUUAAUAUUUGUUUUCGUUUUUGUUAGAACAACUCUCUUUUUAAAGUCUACUCGUUAUUCGCUGGAA